AUGAGUAGCGUGUGGGAUAGGAUUCGAGAGGAGCAAGUAGUGGAGGCCCUGCAAGUACCGCAGAGCUCUUCAUCUGAACAACAAGAAGAGCGCACAGAUCAGAAUGAACAUAGCGUCUGGUCUUCAGAAGAGGAAGAAGAACUUGACGAUGAAGACAUCAACGACAGCGACCUGUACACGGACGACAUGGAUUUCGAGCAGAAUCUGCUCACAGCUCAGCAACAAUGGGAAGAGUCGCUCGAACAGCUGAGCCAAGUACUCAAUUGGGUGUUGUUGCCGUUAGUAGGAAAGUAUCUGGGGAGACGAACAGCCCUGGGAGCAUGGAAACGCAUUGUCACUUAUUUGUGGGGAAUAUAG